CAGGGGCCAGCAGUUGUGAAUAGGGUUCACAUAGGUGCUUGUGGGUCAGAUCCCUUUCUGCUAACCAGAUUAACAUGUCCCAAGGAGGGAACAGUAUAACGGUGACCACCUGACGAUAGACUCUGACCGGAUACUGAGACAAUGAACCUCUUCUAAAGAAGGAGUGUUUGCCAAGAUACGCCUCAAUGCCCGGGGAUGCCGAGUCCUUCCAGAUAUGCGAGUAUCUAAACGGCGACGCUGAGCGGGAUGACGGCGUGGAGUUUAAGAAGAGCGGUGGUCUGUCUACCCGAGAGGUCAUCCUCAUCGUGGUGUUGAUAAUCGUGACGGUAGCAGGUGUUGUGGCCAUCGCCGUGCUAGCCAGCCAAAAAGCGUCAUCCGCUUCAGAAGAAGUGGAAUUUUGCAACACACGAGAAUGCGCAAGUACAGCUGGGUUUCUAAUCGACAACAUGGAUCCCGAUGUGGACCCGUGUGACAACUUUUUCGAGUUCGCUGUCGGAGGCUGGAAGAAGAACAACCCGAUUCCAGACACGUCCUCAAGCUGGAGCAUGUACAGUGUGCUGAGGGAGAGGGUACAGUACAUCGUCAGAGAUAUUCUCGAAGAGCCCACGGCAGACGAUGAGAUCGAAGCCGUCAAAAAGGCCAAGGACGUCUAUCGGUCUUGUAUGGACUUAGAAACGAUUGAACAGCGGGGGACCAAACCCCUGACUGACUUCCUCAAUGGUCCCCUCCAAUGGCCAGUGAUUGACCCUAACUUCGAUGAGAGCAAAUUUGACAUCUUGGCCACCAUGUUGGCCCUUAGAGCCUACAACAACGAUAUCUUCAUAGAAGCCAGCGUGUCCGUAGACUCCAAGAACUCAUCUCUGAGAAUCAUCACUGUGGAUCAGCCGUCACUAGGACUGGGGAGGGACUACUACAUAGAUGAGAAUUACUCUAGGCAAAAGCAGGCAUACUUUGAACUGAUGGUGUCUGCUGCCACUGCUCUGGGUGCCAACGUCUCUACUGUUAGAGAAGAGAUGAACAAGACCUUGGCAUUGGAGACGUUCCUCGCUGAGAUUAUGGUUCCAUCUGAAGACAGACGGGAGAGUGAGAACCUGUACAACAAGAUGACUGUUGGGGAAAUGCAAGCCAACAUCGCUCCGGAGGUUGACUGGCUCCAGUACCUGAACACACUUGCUGAUGCCUAUCUCUUUAACGAAACCACCGUGUUAGACGAGUCCGAGCCAGUCAUCGUCCAGGCACCGCCGUACCUCAUGAACCUCAGCAGAGAGGUCUUCUCACCCGACACGAUCUGGGAUAACAGAACCAUUGCUAACUACAUGGUGUGGCGCAUCGUUCGGAACCGCAUCAACAACCUUGGGAAACAGUUCCGUGACAUGGUGUUCGCGUACAACCAGGUCCUGUCAGGGGCUGACCAGGUCAACCCGCGGUGGAAGACCUGCAGCAGUUACGUGGAGGGGAACUUCGGCGCCCCGCUAGGAUACAAAUAUGUCAACUCAUACUUCUCAGCCGAUAAGAAAACACAGGUAAUAAACAUGAUUGAAAGAGUUCGUGACGCAUUUAAGAAGCAGGUUGACGAGCUGGAUUGGAUGGCUGAGGAGGACAAAAUCGUCGCAAAAGAAAAGGCUGACGCGAUCGACCCGAAAGUCGGCUACCCCGAGUGGAUGUUGAACACUACAGAGUUGGACAAUGACUUUCAGGCGCUGAACACCAGUGCUGAUGACUACUUCGGGAAUGUUAUCCGGUAUCUCCAAUACACAGCCCAGUCAGGGUUCGCCUAUCUACGGGCUCCAAUCAACCAAAGCAGCUGGUCUACUGCUCCAACCACAGUGAACGCAUUCUACCUCCGCAGCAAGAACCAGAUUCGCUUCCCUGCCGGAGAACUACAGUUCCCGUUCUACUGGGGUACAGACGUACCGAUGUACCUGAGUUACGGGGCCAUCGGCGUCGUCAUAGGGCAUGAGAUCACACACGGGUUCGACGACCAAGGAAGGAAGUACGACAAAGACGGGAACUUGAACCAGUGGUGGAGCAACUCGUCCAUCGAAAACUUCAUCGAGAAAAGACAGUGCAUCAUCGACCAGUAUGACAACUACUACUUCGCUGAAGCAGGAAAGAACUUGAGCGGAUAUCGAACACAGGGAGAAAACAUAGCUGACAAUGGCGGAAUGAAAGCAUCUUUCAGGGCCUAUCGGGAGUGGGUGGCGGAGAGGGGGGAAGAGGAACCUCUGCUUCCGGGGAUCGGACUGACUCAGAACCAGAUGUUCUUCCUCAACUACGCAAAUCUGAGAUGUUCCCAGUACCGGCCCCAGGGUGCGGAGCGUGCCUGGCAGGGUGUUCACAGUCCUGGACAGUUCAGGGUAAUAGGUUCCAUGUCGAACUUUGAGGAGUUUGCCAAAGCUUACAACUGUCCGGCGGGAACCACCAUGAACAGGGGAAACCAGCGCUGCUCUGUGUGGUGAGGGACAAACACUACAUACGUCAUGUACUUCUCAUCUGGACUGCAUUCUGCUGUAAGACAUAACUAUUGAGAGUUAUUGUGAA